AUAAAAUAGAACCUUUACCUCUCCAUAAGACGUUAUUAAAAUAUUUGAAAACUCAAAUUAAAACUCAUCUAGGUAACUAAUCCUCCCACUCAAGGGAUAUUUUUGUUAUGUUAUAUCAUAUACACAUUCAGAAAGUCACUUUUUUUCCCCUUAAGAAAGCAGAGAAAUGAAGGGCUUUCUAAUUAUUAUCUGUUUAGUCGCCUCCAUUUCUCUAAUCUCCUAUGCUUACAAUGCUGCUGUGGUUACAAAUACAAAUAAACUAGUAGUAGAAAAUAUCAGCAAAGAAGAAGAAGAAGAAGAAACAAACAUAUCCCACAUUCUGUUUGGCAUUGGAGGGUCCGCUAAAACAUGGAACAAUCGCUCGUGUUACUCUGAGCUCUGGUGGAGACCAGAUGUAACGCGAGGGUUUGUGUGGCUCGAUGAAAAGCCCCAAGAGAACGAGCCAUGGCCUGAAACUUUGCCACCCUAUAGGGUCUCAGAAAAUACUUCCAAUUUCGAGUACACGUGUUGGUUUGGUAACAGGACAGCGGUGAGGAUUGCGCGGAUUGUAAAGGAGAGUUUUGAAUUAGGUUUAAACAAUGUGAGGUGGUUCGUAAUGGGAGAUGAUGAUACUGUGUUUUUUCCUGAGAAUUUGGUGACGGUUUUGGCUAAAUAUGAUCACAAUCAAAUGUAUUACAUUGGUGGGAUUUCCGAAAGUGUGGAGCAGAACGUAAUAUGUUCCUACAGUAUGGCUUACGGCGGCAGCGGCAUUGCUAUUAGUUAUCCUCUGGCGGCGGAGCUCGUGAAGAUUUUAGACGGUUGCAUUAAUCGCUACCAUUACUUGUACGCUUCUGAUCAGAAGAUUGGUGGUUGUAUGGCUGAGAUUGGAGUUCCUCUCACGAAUGAACUUGGUUUCCAUCAGAUGGAUAUAAAUGGAAGCGCACUAGGGCUUUUGGCAGCUCAUCCAGUGGCGCCGCUAGUGUCACUGCACCAUUUGGACAUGCUCCACCCGCUAAUUCCAUCAAUGAGCCGAGUUGAGUCAGUCAAGAAGGUAAUUGAAGCUUAUAACAAGGAUCCAAGCCGGAUAGUGCAGCAGAGUUUGUGUUAUGACCUAAAGAGAAAUUGGUCAGUAUCAUUGUCAUGGGGUUACACAGUUCAAUUAUAUCCAUGGCUAAUGAAUGUCAAGGAAUUGGAGACUCCAAUUCAGACGUUCAACACUUUUCUAGGGUCAGAAGAGCCAUUCACAUUCAAUACACGGCCAAACUAUGUAGAACCGUGUAAGAGGCCUAUAGAGUAUUACUUGGAUCAAGUUACUGACAUUGGCAAUGGGGAAACCUUGACUAGUUAUAGUACCAAAUUUGGUGAUUUUAACAAGCAAUGCGAUAACCAACGUUAUAAACCAGCUUUAGCAGUUCAUAUGGUAAAUGUCACCGCGUCAAUGUUAUCUCCUAAAGUAUGGAGACAGGCACCGCGACGACAAUGUUGCGAGGUAAUCAAUGAUAUUGGGAGCGUCCUACAUAUCAGAAUUAGAGGUUGCAAUCAGUGGAGAUCGGUAACGAUACCCUUUCACGACAAGUAUGGAAACUUUGCCUACUUUCAAAGAAAGGUUCAUCCAGUGACGAAUAGGACAAGACAUUUAGAAUUAGUACUUGAGAGAUCAGCAAAUUCAAAUUCCUAGCUGUUAACCAAUUAUACAGAAAUGUCUGCUCCUCGAUCCCCUCUGUUUUGACCUAUGGUUAUCGUUUGUAAGCUAUGUUACUCGGACUUUCCGAAAAUAUUGAUAGGUGUGUGUCCGAUCCUCAAAAAAUAGUAAUCCGACACAGGUGCACCAACUAUUUUGGAGAGUCCGCGCAAUAUAGUUUGUAAAUAGGUACGAGACUUGCAUGUUGUUACCUUGUCCAUCCCAAGUGCGGUUCCAAUUAUCUUGUCUUCUACCAUAGGAAUCCAUACCUGUUCUAUGUAAUAUCAUAUGCAGUCGGACCUUUCUAUAACAGCAUAGCUAUAUAACAAUC